CACCUCAUCUCUGUUGUCAUUCACGUAAACACUUGAUUUUAUUUACAUACGUAAACGUAGCGCAUUUUUGUCAAUUUUUGUUACUAUGAAAAGAGUGUUGAUUAUUAUUAUUGUUUUCCUAUCGAUUGUUAAUAUUUCAUCUGGAACAUUAUCACCUCAAUCUGAGAAAAGUGCAAAAAAAGAAAAAAAGAGCAAGAGUAGCAGGAUCGAGAGAAAAAAAGGUCCUGUUGAACAUGAUGUUUUUGACAGAGAACUCGUAAUAAAAGAUCCUGAAGCAGAGGAUAUUUUACGGGAUGCAGGACUUUAUUAUAAAGACACUGGCGUAAAAAGAUUUGCCGGCAAUGUUCUCGGAUACAUCACACCGUGGAAUGGUCACGGAUAUGAGGUGGCUAAACUAUUUAAGAAAAAGUUCACGAUUGUUUCUCCAGUUUGGUUAACGUUGCACCCGAGCAAAAAAGCAUUCUCAUUAUCGACUCAUGAUGUUCAAAAAAAGUGGCUGAAGGAUCUAAAAGAUACUGCAGAAAAUGGGAAUCACACCUUAAAGAUAUUUCCGAGAGUUCUCUUCGAGAAUUGGUCUCCCGAUGACAUCUCUGAGCUUUAUGAAAAUGAGGGAAGAAGAAAUCAGUUGAUCACAACUCUUUCCAAAACUGCUCAAACAUUCCAAUUUACGGGAUAUGUCCUUGAGAUUUGGAAUCAAUUCAUUUUCACGGGAGUCGACAAGGGGAUCAUUGCCGACAUCGUGCAAGAAAUCGGCGAGGGUUUAAGAAAGAGAAAUUUGGACACAAUUUUGGCUGUACCGCCCUGGAGAGGUGCUGGUGAAGAAUGGUUCACAAAGGAUCAUUUUGAUCAAUUGGCGCCACAUAUCAGCGCAUUUUCGCUGAUGACAUACGAUUUCUCGAGCGUUCAAAGGCCAGGACCCAAUAGUCCUCUCAGUUGGUCCCGAAAAUGUGUCAAGGCCCUCGUGCCGGAGAAAAAUGAUCCUAGGAGGGCUCAGAUCCUGCUGGGCCUUAAUUUUUAUGGCAACAAUUAUACUCCUGAAGGUGGCGGUGCAAUUCUUGGUUCGCAGUAUCUUGAGCUUCUCGGCUCCUUUAAAGGAAAACUGAAGUGGGACGAUCAAAGCAAGGAACAUUUUUUCGAACUCAAGUCUCCACACGGAUACAUAUUUUAUCCAACGCUAUACUCAAUAAAACAAAGAUUGGAUCUCGCUGAGAAAUUAGGCACUGGAAUAGCGAUCUGGGAAUUGGGACAGGGGCUUGACUAUUUUUACGACUUAUUUUAAUAACGCGUGAGUGGUGAGUUGAAACUAUAUAUUAUGUAAAUAAUAAAAUUUUAUCUUUAUUUAUACA